CUGGCAGGACAUCUUGAGGGGGGAGCUAAAGGAACUGGAAAGGCAUCGAGAAGCCCAGCCUUCUCAAAGCAUUUUCUUAUUUAAAGCUGCAAUUUGAAGGAAUUUGCUAUUUGAAUCAAAACCCUGCUGAAAGGAGGACGCAGUGACCGUAAAGGAUUAUAUGAUUGCAUUUAUACUCUGAUCGUGUUUAAGGACUUCAGAGAACUAGGCAUUUAAUCAUGGAGGAGAACUACAGCAGCCUACAGGAGUUCACAGAGGAUACCCACACAGCCAGUGGAAACAACCCAAUACUCCACACAUCACACAACGGACAAGCUGGUUUUGUUAAAAGAGCGGAGUGUUUGAGGAGACGGAUGGUGAUUUUCCUGAUCAUCACACUGCUCAUUUCGUUUUGUGGUAACAUAGCACUGACUGUUUUCUUGGUUAAAAGGAAACCCAGCAGCCCCCCCAGCAUGGUGACCACAGAAAGUCCUCUCUCUGAAGCAAGCAUUCAGUCUCUGAAACUGUCGUCCCUGCAGGAGCGCUUCUCCCGCCUCUGCUCUGAUUACACCACUCUUGGAAAGACCUGUUCAGCAGAGGUGAAGCAGUGCAUGCCGUGUCCUGAUGGCUGGAGACAUGUAGAGGAGAAGUGCUACUUCUUCAGCGAUGACAAACUAGACUGGAUCAGGAGCAAGGAGAGCUGUGCAUCUAUGGACAGCCAACUAACAAUACUUCACACGCAUGAGCAACAUCUUGUUCUGGAGAAAAUAGCCCGCAGUUUGAGUGGGUAUGACUACUAUUUCUGGAUCGGCCUGUCAGAUAUUGAAGAUGAAGGCGUGUGGAAAUGGGUGGACAACACACUAGUCAAUACAACGUACUGGAACGAAUGGGACGGAGAGCCUAAUAAUCACCAGUCCGGAGGGCUUCAUGGCGAGGAUUGUGCCGUGCUGAAUUCUCACUCUAAAUCCUGGUUUGACGUGCCUUGUGACCACAUCUACAAACACAUCUGUGAGAUGGAUGCCAUCACUGUAAACUGAUUCACUGUGCCAUUAUAAAGUUAGAAAUGAAAUAGUACUCUGAAAACUUUUAAACUUUUAAACUUUUUAGAAAAAUGAAAAAAACGUUGUACUGUGUAUACUUCUGAAUGUGUUCUUUUGUACCUUUGUGCUUAUCUUCUAAAAAUAAAGCGAUUUGACAGAA